UUGAACUGGAGGUGAUGCAAAUAUGUUAUACAAAUAUGAAAUCAUCAACUUCAUCGGAAGUUGAACGCUUCAUUAAGCAGCUCCUGGAAGCCUCUCCAGACAUUCUUAGAGAAUAUCUGAUUCAUCUACAAGAGCACAUGCUAAGUGUUAUUACCGCAAGCACUUCAGGGGCUCGAAACAUUCAUGUCAUAAUGGAGUUUCUGUUGAUUAUUCUUACUGACAUGCCUACCGACUUUAUUCAUCAUGACAAAUUAUUUGAUCUUUUGGCACGUGUUGGAGCACUCAUCAGGGAGGUAUCAACUCUUGUUCGCGAUGUAGAAGAGCAAUCAAGGAAUAAAGAGAGUACGAAUGGAACAAAUCGUGCAGCUCUAGACUUGCUGAAAAAUAUUGAACUCCUCAAGGAAGAUCUCAAAUAUGUUUAUCUGAAAGCCCCGGACUCAUAUCAAUGUUGCUUCCCCAUGAAUGAUGGACUGCUCUUCAUGCAUCUUCUACUCAUCCACUUGAAUGAUCUGUUAGAUUCCAAUUCCUAUUCAAUUGCUUUGAUAAAGGAAGAAAUUGGAGUGUUGAAAGAAGACAGAGAAUUCAUAAGUUCGUCCUUUGUGAACAUUGAGCAACGAUUGUAUAAAGAUCUCUGGGCACGUGUUUUAGAUGUGGCAUAUGUGGCUAAAGAUGUCAUCGAUUCAAUUAUCGUAAGAGAUAAUGGUCUCGUACAUCUUAUUUUCUCACUUCCCAUCACAAUGAAAAAGAUCAGGCUUAUCAAAGAAGAUGUCUCCCAAUUACCGGAGAAGAUUCCCAAGAACAAGAGCGUCAUUUUCCUAAACUCUCCCAAGAAUCCAGUUGAAAGAAAGUCAUUCACGGGUGGUAAAAUAAUUGUAGGUUUUGAGGAGGAGACAAACUGGUUAAUUAUUAAGCUCACCUUUGGACCAAAAGAUCUUGAUGUCAUUUCAAUCGCUGGUACGCCGGGGUCCGGCAAAACUACUUUGGCGUACAAAGUAUACAAUGAUGAAUCAGUUUGUAGUCAUUUCGACAUUCGUGCAUGGUGCACAGUCGACCAAGAAUAUGAUGAGAAGAGGCUGUUGGUGAAACUUUUUAAUCAAGUUACUGGCUCUGAUUUGAAGUUCAGCGAGGAAAUUGAUGUUGCUGAUAAGCU